AUGUAUCCUUCCGCAAGUGACAAUGUUGGGCUCAGCAGCCCCGAGCAAUCCAAUCGACCCGAGUUCGAGUUGGCUGUACUCUCUCGAUGGCGCAACUGGGUCAGUUCGUCGUCCUAUUCACCAUGGAAUCUUCACUACAUAACCCCGCCUCGCCCCAAUGACCUCCCCCACGAUAUGGACGAGAGCCCCAACGGUUGGGCAGAUGCAUUUGAAGAUUUGUUACGGGCUAGCUCACACAGCAUGGGAGGUCCGGACCGUCCUCUCGCUGACCACCAUGAACGGCUCCGUACAGCAAGAAAGGACCGUGUAGACCAUCGGAACGUUGACCGCCGCUGGCUGUGGCUAGCUGGCCUCCGUGCCGAUGGGCUCCUUGGGGCUGCAUAUCCUGCUGGAAGUAUAUUUGGGAAGCAUCUGUUCAAGCCGCUAACUACACAGUCUACGGGCUGGUCAAACUCGUCUCACAACUCUGAUCCUCGACUUCCAUGGGUGCGAGCUUUGACUGGUCUCCACCAUUCUCACUUUCAGUUUUCUUUCCCGUGGCACUCAGCGAACUCCAUCUUUCCUGAUAUUGCGGUUGGCUUUCAUCAUGACUUGGAAUGGCCGGCUACAGAGGGCAGGUCUCCUGCUAGCUUGAGGGACAUGGCCGCUGAAGCAUUUGGUACGCAUUCCUCGCUGCCGCAGACAGAAGAGGAUGUCUUCCUGCGACUUAUGAAAGAUAGUGAAGACGUCCUGGACGUUCUACCCAAAUCUGUCGGGCUCGUUCAUGACAGAAACAACUCGGAAUCUCCAGGGAGUGAGAUUGAAGAUUCGAGCCGCUCGCAGCGUACUCCUGGCAAGCACGUCUUAACCGAGAAGUUCCAAAACUCAGACGGGACUACGACUGUUGUGACGCGGGAAGAGAAGGUUGAUGGCAAGGGAAAUACGCGCAGUGUCAAAACUGUCACCCAGACUCUAGACCCAGAAGGCAACGAGAUUAGUAGGUCGACCGAGUCUAGCUAUAGCCGAACCUGGGGUGGAAAAUGGUCGUGGUCGUCGGAUGACAACGACCCAGAGACACACGACGAUGGGGCCAAAAAGAAAGGAGAGUCUACCGAUGAGCCCAAGAAAACCCUUGGCUCAUGGCUCUGGAAAUGA